AUGAUAAGAGACCUAAACGAUACGGAAUAUGUUCUCAUUGUAAAUAUCCAAGUACCGGUUAUGCGUGGUGUCGUAAAUGUGAUCCAGCAUAAGACAAAAGAUUACCGUCAUAAUUUGGUGUGGAUUCCUUUUGAUAGGUUCAAUGAUGUUAAACAAAUUGAUGAAGGAGGUUUUGCAAGAAUUUAUUCUGCUACUUGGUUGGACGGAUCACCAAAAAGUUUCAAACAAGAAGAAAGGUCGUUCUAA